AUGCUCUUCCACAGCAGCCACGCCCUCCGCUGCUUAUCCCGAUCACAAACGCGGCUCGGAUUGAGUACGGGCUCUCGGCGAUGCCUCGCAACGCCCGCGACAAAAUUCUUUACCGAGACUGAGAAGGAAAAUGCCAAAAUCUUGGAAGCAGCCUCGACCAAGGUUGACCUCUUCAACGCCGCACAACAACCAAAAGAUGACUUGACAGUCGACGAGAGCAUCCAGCGCGCAAAGGUGCAGAAGGACAUUGGUCCGCUGGCCGAUGUGUAUACCACCUACUCAAAGACGCGCAAGACUCUGAGAGAAAUGUUCGAGAUGGAAGUCGACGAACUCAACGAACAACUCGACAGCGCAAUUGGACAGCUACCCAACCUCCUCCUUCCACCCUCCGAGACGGGCCCUUUGCCGGUCAUGAUGUCCAUUAAUGCUGGGGUGGGCGGAUCCGAGGCUGGUCUUUUCGCCGAAGAGAUGGCGCGGAUGUACACCCGUUUCGCUGAGAAGCACGGAUGGAAGAUUGAGGUCCUGAGCAAGACCGAGGGUCCGAAUGGACGCGGCGUCCGCGAGAUGACCAUGAAAAUGGAGCCGGCACCAUACUCUGAAGGCGAGGUAUACGGUCUCCUGCGAUGGGAGAGGGGCGUUCAUCGCGUUCAGCGUGUCCCACAGACCGAAACGCAGGGACGCGUUCACACCAGUACCAUCACCAUUGUGGUCAUGCCCAUCUACCCCGACGCGCCAGAGGCGCCCCUCGUUGACCCCAAGGACGUCAAGUCUGAAGUGAUGCGUUCUCGCGGCGCCGGCGGUCAGCACGUCAACAAGACUGAGUCGGCUGUCCGCCUCACCCAUCUCCCAACGGGCAUUUCCGUGUCGAUGCAGGACUCGCGCAGCCAGCACCAGAACCGCGCUUGGGCGUGGGAUGUCUUGCGGGCACGCCUGAGCGAACGCAAACACCAGGAAGAAAUUGAGGCUAAGCGCGCCAACCGACGUAGUCAGGUUAAGGGCGCUGACCGCGGCGACAAGAUCCGCACGUACAACUUUCCCCAGGACCGGCUGAGCGACCACCGUAUCGCGCUCAACAUUACGGGUCUGCGCGAUAUCAUGGACAGCGACGGACUCGAGAAUGUCAUCGCAGCACUGCGGACAGACUUUAAUGCCCGCAGGCUGGAGGCCAUUCUCGCUGGCGACGAGGACUUUGACGAGUAG